CGAUUCCCCUAUUCUUCAGUAUUGCCGAGUUUUGCAUAGGCACGAACCCGUAGUCAGCCCUAUACCAAGACACGUUUCGGGUACCACAGCGUUGGGUCAUUGGCUUCGCCUCGUUCUCCCAUGAAUCGACCCCAGCAAUCUUAGGCUUCUAUAUUCACAACCUUACUCUCUGGCGUAGCUUCGACACAGAAUCACAGCACGGGGGCGGGCAAGCUUACGAAAGAAACCAUCUCGCCUCGUCAAGCCCUGUCACUGCCCACUAGAUCCUGCAACCAGAACCAAUCUUGGCCUGGGCGGCGCUGCUUCUACUUUCACUUUGUCAUCAACAUGUUGGCUCAUCACGGUUCGCAUAGAGAUAAUUUCGGGCGUUUGGAGGGUCCAAGAUCUCCAAAAUAUCUAUCUGCUGGGCAAGCUCAACUGCUGCCUCGCAAGCGUUCGGCCCCGACAAGGAAAACGCUCCAAUCACACAAACUACGCAUCAUUACCUCGCCUGCGGCACCCGCCUACCGCCCGUCUACUAAUAGCAUUGACUUCACUACCACAGGCAGUGGUUCCAAGAAGACCAAGUCAGUACGCCUAAAGCAGGAACAACCGCCUUCGCCCGCCAUGUCCGGAUACAGCUACUCCUCUUCAGGCCAAGGCAACUACUCUUACCAGCCACCCUACCAGCCCGGUAUACCACAAUACACGCAACACCAGAUCCACGCCUAUUAUGCUCAAUACCAAUGCUACCCUCCAGAACCAUGGCAAAUGGUCCAAGAAUACUACGUUGAGCAGCAACCGAUGAGCAUACCGCACACUGCAUACCAAGAACCCGUAACAGGCUACGAAAGCACAGGCUGGCAGCUGCAAGACACCGACGUCAAUGUCUCGGCGUCUCCCGGCCAAAAAAGAACAUGGACCUGCGACAUUCCCACAUGCACUUCGUCCGCACAAUUCACGCGCCUGGCGGACCUGCAGCGCCACCAAUCGACGGUGCACGGCGUGGGCACGCCCGAGUAUCCCUGCCACGUAGCGCGGUGUAACCGCGUGGGCGAAAAGGGCUUCACGCGCAGAGACCAUUUGGUCGAGCACUUGCGCAACUUUCAUCAUAUCGAUAUUCCGAGACGGAAGCCAGGCGAGCGCUCGGCGUUUCCGUUUGGCUGGCCCGAGGGCGGCGUGGGAGGCGCGGCGGGUGUAUAGGAGGUGUUUUCUUCUUCUUCUUUUUUGGAACAUUCUUGACUUGGGCAUGGCGGUGGAGGGAAGGAGGAGGGGGCGCCAGAAUCGAUUCGCUGGUUCAUGGCAAUGUGUAGCGGGAUGCUUGCUACAGGAUGCGAUCGAUGUGUUGAGGGGUCAAGAGAUGGAUAUACUGGAGAAUUGUUCAAGCACAGCAUGCGAGCACUGCAGAGAAGCCGAUAUUGGACGCUAGGGCAACUUCUCGGUUUACGGCAGAAUAUAGAGGCAGGAGGUGGAAGUGGCAUUGCACAGAAAGAGUGAGUUAAUCAUGUCAUUGUCUUUAUCAUUGUUGUCACGAAAUACUGCACAAUUGCAACGUCAAGAGCAUGGAUUCGGACAUUUAGAUCAAUUGCAUUCGCUGUAUCAACAAUACCAGCAAAGCCACCACGGCCACUAUGCGC